AUGGGAGGUCCUCCUAUGGAUCAGGAGGUCGCAGCUGUCGGCCAGCGGAGCAACCAAGCCACAGAGAAAGCUAUACCUCCUGAGGGUAAAGUGCACCGCAGCUUUCUUAACCGGCCCACUCUUAACCCAGAGAGAUUGAAGACCGCUAAGGCCAUGGUGGACAAAGCUGUGAAGAUGCACAAGAUUUUUUCUGUCCAGGGCCCCUACCCUGUAGUCAGGGCAGCACUGAGGGCCAGAGGCUGGGUUGAGCAACAUGUGCCACAUCCCAACAAGCGUGUACAUCGGCGUCGCAGUGAUGAGAAUGGCGAAGGAGGCGACAAUAAUGAUGCUGACGACAGUGAUGAUGAAGACCGUGAGCUGGAUGGUGACGAAAAAGAGCACGAUUUGGAUGGACUGUAUAACUUCAUGUCCCGCCUGAUACGUAAUGAAAUGGUUUACUUCUACUGGACAAAUCGUAGAGAGACCGUUGAGACGCGCACCUUACAAAAAGAACAGAUUUCCAACCAUUUCGUAAAAGCGGGCAGCUUCACCACCAAGGUGGGUUUGUGUGUGAACCUGAGGAACCUGCACUGGUUCGAUUCAGCUGACCCAGACACGUUUUUCCCACGCUGCUACAGGCUAGGAGCAGAGGAUGAGAAGCAUACUUUCAUUGAGGACUACAGGAGGACGGCCUGCACCAGCCUUUUGCAAUGCAUUGUGGACAGGAGGAGUGUUAAGGGAGAGGGACACAGCAGUGAUCAGAGGAGACAACGCAAACAGCGAGAUUUACCAUUGGUGCCCUCCAAAAUGAUCGAUAUUGCACUGGAAGUGUGUCAGGAGUUCCUGGAUAGUCUGGUGCACAGUGACAUAGACAUGAGCCUGGAGACAACACAAACACUAACGAAGGAGCAGUGGGCUGAAUUUCUCAACAAUUACUACCUCGUUGUUCACGAUGGCGCAGCGAUUGAUGACAGUGUUUGUUUUGUGGACCGCUGCCAGGACAUGCUGCAGAGGAUGCGAGAAGUCAGUCCACAGCUGGACACAGAUGGCAUACACAACAUGUGGAUCAUCAAACCUGGAGCCAUGUCCAGGGGCAGAGGUAUUAUGUGUGCCAAGCGUCUGGAUGAGAUCCUCAAGAUGGUAGACAGUGACUCAGCCCUGAUCAGGGACAGCAAGUGGGUGGUGCAGAAGUACCUGGAGCGCCCCCUGCUGGUCCAUGGCACCAAGUUUGAUGUGCGCCAGUGGUUCCUCGUCACUGACUGGAACCCACUUACUGUCUGGUUCUACAGGAAGUGCUACCUGCGCUUCUCCACGCAGCCUUACUCACUAAAUAUACUGGACAGCUCUGUGCACCUAUGUAAUAACUCCAUCCAGAAGCAUCUGCAGCCGUCUCAGCACCGGCACCAAGGCAUCCCAGCAGACAACAUGUGGUCGUGUGACCAGUUCAGGGCCUUUCUGUCCAGCCAGGGUCAGGCAGCUCAGUGGGAAACUGUAGUGGUCCCAGGGAUGAAGAAGGCUGUGAUCCACGCACUGCAGACUGCACAGGAUCUGGUGGAAUCACGCAAAAACGCCUUUGAGCUCUAUGGAGCUGACUUCAUAUUAGGCCAUGACCUGCGUCCGUGGCUGAUAGAGAUCAAUGCCAGUCCCACCAUGGCUCCCUCUACGCCAGUGACAGCCCACCUCUGUGCCGCUGUGCAGGAGGACACAUUACGAGUCGUCCUGGACUGGAGAUCGAACCGGAGCGCAAACACAGGAUAUUUUCAGCUCAUAUAUAAGCAGGCAGCAGUAAAGGUGCCACAGUAUGUUGGAGUAAACCUGCGUGUUGAUGGCUCUCAAAUCAAACGCCCACGUUCACUUCAUCCUUCAAGAACCGCUAACCCCCCUGCUGCUCGGCAUCCCCACCCGUCAACAAAACACUGUGCUAUCAAGGAGAAGCAGUCUGUAGGUGAAAACACCAAGCCUCCACCAAAGAAGUGGGCCAAAAAGGCUUCCUUCAAAGCAGCAUCUCACGAGAACCCCCGCGCGACUCGCGUUCCUCCCUUCUAG